UUCUAGCCAUUUUAUCUCUUCUUACACGUAACAUUUAGAAGUAUGAAGAACUAGGGUUUUAGUACCGAAGUUCCGUACUUCUCCUUCGUGUGAGGGGGGAGACUCGUUUUCCAGUUUACAUUCUCUCUUAUGUAGAUCCUCAAUAAUGUCUUGAGUUCUUGUUCUUACGGAUUUCCUCACGUUAAGGAAAUGUUCUCUCGUUUUCCGGUGCUCCAAAUUUUUGUUUUCUUGGACAGACUUUAAGGGUACGAGGCCGUGGAUUUUUCUUUGACAGACCUGCGCUGAUUAUGUUUGAUGGAUGUUGAGGUGAUCUGCUUUGAUGGAUAGCGAUGUGGUUUGAUGCAUGUAUUAUUAGAGAAAGCUAGUAUUUUAACAAUGUGAAUCCUGAGAUCGAGCUUCUGGGAUGAAUGUACAAUGCUUUUGAAUAUGCAUUUCAAAGAAAGUUGGAACGACAAAAAUGAUAAACAUGUUGAUCAUGAUAAAUUUAUAUGUUUACAUGCCUUCUCUAACUUGUCUCACAUUUCACCACCAAUAUUCAUAUAUCUUCUAAAGGAAUGUUAUCUUUGUGGUACACGUAAAGCGACUCAUAAGUUUAACGUCCUUCAACAACAUGUUUUUCAAGCGCUUUAUAAUGCUCCUCAGCCUGAUCCAUACACUUUUAUUGUUCAAUGCCUUUAUAUUUUGCCUCAGUUGGGCCUCCAGUAUGCUGAAGGAUUCAGUCACUUGCUUAUGUGCUCUCUUAAACGUCUGAAAAAUCGAAAGCCUUUACUUGGAGUUUUAUCAGAAGCCAAACUUCUUGCUGCUCAGCUAUUUGUUGACAUCCUUGCUUGUUCUGUCAGUCAUGAAGAACGAAUUCUCAUAAAAAUAUUGGAGCUUUUUGAAAUUGAGCUGAAAGAUAUUGGGGAGGCCAAAUUUGGUUCUGUGAGAAAAAAAGAUGAUAUGGAGAAAGCAAGGGCUUUUAUUGAAAGUCAUAUAUUUGACUUCAUCGAGUCCCAGUCAUAUAUGACUGCCACGGUACUGGUGGAACACUUCUCUGUCCACCUAGGUCAAUCUUUUCUGCUGAAAAUGAUGGAUAAUAAUCAUUUUAAAGCUGCAGAAAAGUGGGCUGUGUUCAUGGGGAAGCCAAUGAUAUGUCUUCUAGUUCAGAAGUAUGUUGAAAUGAAAAUGCUUAAGAAUGCUUAUGAUGUAAUACAAAGGAACAAUCUCAAGGAGGAAUUUCCAGAUGUGCAACGGCUAUACAAGGAAAGCUCACUCAAAAAGCUGGCUGAAAAAGGGUUGUGGGAUAUUGCGGAGCUUAGGGCAAUGAAAGAUCGGCAACUCUUGGAAUUUGUGGUUUAUUUGGCAAUGGAAGCUGGGUAUGCAGAGAAGGUUUUUGAGCUAUGUGACCGGUACUCUCUUGAAGGUUUUGACAUAUUAACAGUUUCUGAUAAGCCAACAUCUGGAGCUUGUUACCUGGACCCUGAGAAAUUAAUGAUAGAUAAUAUCGUAUGGGUGGAUGACUUUCAUGGGUUAAUUACUGCCACCAACUACAUUGAGGGUUGUAAGGUCGUUGGCAUCGACUGCGAGUGGAAGCCUAAUUAUGAAAAAGGCUGUAAACCAAACAAGGUUGCCAUAAUGCAGAUUGCUUCAGAGAACCGAGCAUAUAUUUUUGACUUAAUAAAGUUGCAUCAAGAUGUACCAAUUGAACUAGACAGGUGUUUUAAGAACAUUCUGUGCUCUCCCAACAUCUUGAAAUUAGGCUAUAACCUGCAAUGUGAUCUUUAUCAACUUUCACAAUCUUAUGGAGAUCUGGACUGUUUUAGAUACUAUGAAAUGUUACUUGACGUUCAGAAAUUAUUUAGGGAGUCUGGUGGUGGACUUUCUGGGUUAGCGGAGAAAGUACUGGGAGCUGGUUUGAACAAGACAAGGAGGAAUAGCAAUUGGGAGCAACGGCCUUUAAGUCAAAACCAGAUGGAAUAUGCGGCCCUUGAUGCUGCUGUGCUUGUUCACAUAUUUCAUUGCAUCUAUAACCAGCCUCAUUCUACUUGUAACGAGGUGCGUGGUAAUAAAGCAGAAUGGAAAUCACACAUAGUUUCCUGCAUGGGCAAUGCAAAACGUAAGAGCAACUAAAGCAGUUACUGCUAUGAUGCUUAAAACUUUUUCUUAGCUGAUAACAGCUCUGUAAAACAGGUUGACAUUUUACUGUGAUUCACAUUGUAGCUUUUCAUUCAUCAUGGAAAAGUUAAUUGUACAUAAUUCACAUUGAAAGUAAGAGAAAGGAAAAAAACCGUCGUACAUUACUGAAUCUUUACAGAA